AUGCUGUAUUACCCUUCCUGUGCCCAAGGAUGUUUAGUACAGAGAUUUUUUUUUUUGUCUUUAUAUGUUUCUAUGCAGAUGUGGGCCAACCAUCUCUCCAUUUACAAUCUUGCCCAUAUCUUGAACUAGGGAGGUUGAUUGCACUGAAGCUAUCAAACUUGAUAAGAAGAAAAGGAAGAAAUUGGAAAAUUGGAGAAAAAGUGCAGAAAAUUGACAGAAAAGUGAUUGGGUCAGUGAUUUGCCCAAUGAUCUGCCCAGAUCAAGCUGAAGCAGAAACCUGGAGGCAACAGGCAGAAGUGAUAUGGGCAGUGAUUUGCCCAGGACACUCGAAGACACUGGCCAAGUCACUGGCCAAGUCACUCCCAGAAGACAGAGAGAACUGACUCGCAGAAACGUGAUCGGAUCUGUGAUUUGCCCAAUCACUUGAAGAAACUGGUCAAAUCACCGGGCAAAUCACUUUCACAACAGAAACUGACAGCAGAGCGGGAAUUUGGGCAGAAAACAGAAAUCCGAAUUUUCAGAAGUCAAAUC